AUAGAAUUGAAGGUUUAAAAAACAUAAUUAAACACUGGGAAAACAUCAAGAAAUAAUUAUUAUACCCGUAGGAGAAUCAUUAAACAAGAAUCAAAACAGUGAUAAUAUGACACCUACUAAAUUAAUUUUGGAUAAAAAUAUGGUUCAGUCAUCUGUAGCAGUUGUUCAUAGUUCACCUAUUAAUUCGAUACAGCACCAUAAAAUGUUGAGUGAAGCUGUUCAUAACACAUCAACAAGUUUGUCAUACAAUCCAGACUUGAUGAUAUCUGAACUGCAUUGUGUAAAACCUCAUAAUGUUAAACAAGGAACAGGUUUAGAUAUUUCUAGCAUUAUAAUUCCUACUACUAAACGUAGAGGAAAACCUAAGGGAGCUCUACAAACAGUCAUUGGUUUAAAAAAAAAUAGAAAAGUCUAGCAAUCAGUCA